GGGGGCAGCGCGAUCCCGCGGGGCCCUGUGAGCCCCCAGCGCCACGGCACCAUGUUGCUGGUUGAGAAGACAACCGACUCACCGGCGGCCGAGUUCUCGCUGGUGGAGGACGUGGCUCUGCACUUCGCCUGCUUGAUGGGCCGUCUGAAUGAGCAGCGCCUCUUCCAACCUGACCUCUGCGACGUGGACCUGGUGCUGGUGCCCCAGCGCAGCGUCUUCCCAGCGCACAAGGGCGUGCUGGCCGCCUACAGUCAGUUCUUCCACUCGCUCUUCACCCAGAACAAGCAGUUGCAGCGCGUGGAGCUGUCCCUGGAGGCACUGGCGCCUGGUGGCCUGCAGCAGAUCCUCAACUUCAUCUACACGUCCAAGCUGCUGGUCAACGCAGCCAACGUCCACGAGGUGCUCAGUGCCGCCUCGCUGCUGCAGAUGGCCGACAUCGCGGCGUCCUGCCAGGAGCUGCUAGACGCUCGCUCCCUGGGCCCCCCCGGCCCCAGCGCUGUGGCCCUGGCCCAGCCGGCCGCCAGCUGCACCCCAGCCUCGCCACCCUACUACUGCGACAUCAAGCAGGAGGCCGACACCCCGGGACUGCCCAAGAUCUACGCCCGAGAGGGCCCUGACCCCUACUCCGUGCGCGUCGAGGACGGGGCAGGGACUGCAGGUGGCACAGUGCCUGCCACCCUUGGGCCAGCUCAGCCCUUCUUCAAGGAGGAGAAGGAGGGUGGUGUGGAGGAGUCCGGUGGGCCCCCGGCCAGCUUGUGCAAGCUGGAGGGGGGGGAAGAGCUGGAGGAAGAGCUUGGGGGAUCUGGUACCUACAGCCGCCAGGAGCAGUCCCAGAUCAUCGUGGAGGUGAACCUCAACAACCAGACACUGCACGUGUCCACCACACCCGAGGGCAAGCCGGGUGCUGCCUCGGGCCCGGCCACCAUGGUGCUGGGCCGGGAGGAUGCGCUGCAAAGACACUCAGAGGAUGAGGAGGAGGAGGAGGAGGAAGAGGAGGAGGAAGAAGAGGAGGGGGGUGGCAGUGGAGGGGAGGAGGAGGAGGAAGAGGAAGGUGGCAGUCAGGGAGAGGAGGACGAGGAGGAGGAAGGGCACAGUGAACAGGAGGAGGAGGAGGAGGAGGAGGAGGAAGAAGGACACAGUGAGCAGGAUCAAGAGAGCUCAGAGGAGGAGGAGGAAGAGGAGGAGGGGGAGGUGGGGGCCAGACAGGGGCCAGCGGGGCGCAGGGGCAGCCGGGCAGAGCCCCCUCCCCACAGCCGCAUGGCCACGCGAUCCCGGGAGAACGCCCGGCGCCGGGCCCCGCCUGAGCCCGAGGAGGCUGGGCAGCGUGGUGGAAAGAGGCCAAAGCAGCCCCCCGGAGCAGCCCCCGCACCCGCUCGAGGGCCCCAGGCCACAGACGGGUUGGGAGCCAAGGUGAAGUUGGAGGAGAAGCAGCACCACCCGUGCCAGAAGUGCCCGCGUGUUUUCAACAACCGCUGGUACCUGGAGAAACACAUGAACGUGACCCACAGCCGCAUGCAGAUCUGCGACCAGUGUGGCAAGCGCUUCCUGCUGGAGAGCGAGCUGCUGCUGCACCGGCAGACAGACUGUGAACGGAACAUCCAGUGCGUGACAUGCGGCAAAGCUUUUAAGAAGCUGUGGUCCCUCCACGAGCACAACAAGAUCGUGCAUGGCUACGCAGAGAAGAAGUUCUCGUGUGAGAUCUGCGAGAAGAAGUUCUACACCAUGGCCCACGUGCGCAAGCACAUGGUGGCUCACACCAAGGACAUGCCCUUCACCUGUGAGACCUGCGGGAAGUCCUUCAAACGUAGCAUGUCUCUCAAGGUACACUCGCUGCAGCACUCUGGGGAGAAGCCCUUCCGAUGUGAGAACUGCAGCGAGCGCUUCCAGUACAAGUACCAGCUGCGCUCCCACAUGAGCAUCCACAUCGGGCACAAGCAGUUCAUGUGCCAGUGGUGCGGCAAGGACUUCAACAUGAAGCAGUACUUCGACGAGCACAUGAAGACGCACACAGGGGAGAAGCCGUACAUCUGCGAGAUCUGCGGCAAGAGCUUCACCAGCCGGCCCAACAUGAAGCGGCACCGGCGCACGCACACGGGCGAGAAGCCUUACCCCUGCGACGUCUGCGGCCAGCGCUUCCGCUUCUCCAACAUGCUCAAGGCCCACAAGGAGAAGUGCUUCCGCGUCAGCCACCCGCUGGCCGGCGACGGCCCCCCCUCGGCCGGCCCGCCCCCCACCCCGCCGCAGGCCGCGCUGCCGCUGCUGCCCGGGCUGCCCCAGACCCUGCCCGGCCCGCCGCACCUGCCCGGCCCGCCGCCACUCUUCCCCGCCUCUGCCAACAGCAGCGGGAGGAUGAGCGACAACCAACCCUGACCCACGCACGCCCGACCUGGAGCCCGGGCCACGGGGGGCACCCCCCUGCCCGCCCCUCUUUGUGGGAGGGCCC